AUGCUAUCUCGUCACUCUUACUUUGUAUCUGCGGUCAGAACUGCGAUAAUCUUCCCCAUAUUCAUUCUUGGAUGUACUUCUAUAGUGUUUACGCAAGAAGUGGCAAAAUUAGUAUUUGCCAAUUCUCCAGCAAAUCUUCAGGCAGUUAUCAAUUUGACUAAAAAGCAUUUCAUAGACUUAUUUACUUUUGUGACUUCUAUCAUUAGCCCCUCGAAGCUAGUGAUAACCUACGAUCCGGCAACGGUCGACAAGAACCUCUCCUUGUCAAGCAAUGGAGGUCACUUAAGCUCCGUGAUAUCUCCGAAUUCAAUUGUGAUAUCUAACCAUCAAAUUUACACGGACUGGUUGUCACUUUGGCACAUAUUAUCGACUGCCAAUGGAGGCUCAGUUUACAUCUUCUUGAAGGAUUUAUCCUGGAUCCCCAUUUUAGGUAGGGGGAUGAAGAACUACAAUUUCCUCUUCUUGUCGAGAAAAUGGGAAAAGGAUAAGGUUUUGUUAACUAACCAAUUGCUUGAAAUAGAUGCCAAUGCCAGAGGGUUUGGACCCGCCAAUGGAGUAACACAAGUCUUUUCCACGACUAAAUCUACCUUGCCUAUUAAGCAUUGGCCCCAGGGUGAGGCCAAGGAUUCCACUCAGAUGUGGCCAUAUCAAAUUAUCUUGUACCCUGAAGGUACAGUUACUUCUCCACAUACUAGAAUAAGAUCUGAAAAAUACUGCAAAGAGAAAGGCUUACCUGUUUUGAAACAUGUUUUGUUACCCAGAGUGAGAGGCUUGUUUAUUACUUUGAAAAAAUUGAAAAGUACUGUAGAAGUUGUGUAUGAUAUCACUACGGGAUACUCCGGAUUAAAAACUGGCGAAAACGGUGAAGAUAUUUACACUUUGAAGAAAUUUUUAUUUUUGGGCUACGGUCCUAAAACCAUACACCACCAUAUCAAAUCUUACAGAUUGGAAGAUAUCCCGUUGGGCUCAGGUGAUGAAGAAGAUAUCGAUUCUGUUAAAGAAGAGGAUUUGAAGAGAUUCGAACAGUGGCUUUUUGAGGUUUGGUUCGAAAAGGAUAGAGUAAUGGACGAAUUCUACCAGAAUGGCACUUUCGAGAAUUUGCAAAAGUAUCCUAAUUUGAAGACUGUACAUGCUGAUAUUAAAGUUCGCAGUUAUUACGACGUUCUUAAUAUUUAUUUACCACUUUUCAUUGUCCUCUUGAUACUUAGAAAUGUGUGCAUAGCUGUUUACAAUUUGUUUUAG